CCUCAAGGAAUAGGCUCCCCCAGUGUGUACCACGCCGUCAUCGUCAUCUUUUUGGAGUUUUUUGCUUGGGGAUUACUGACGGCACCCACGUUGGUGGUGUUACAUGAAACCUUCCCUAAACAUACGUUUCUGAUGAAUGGCCUGAUUCAAGGAGUCAAGGGUCUGCUGUCCUUCCUCAGCGCCCCGCUCAUUGGUGCUCUUUCUGACGUCUGGGGCCGGAAGUCCUUCUUGCUGCUGACAGUGUUUUUCACCUGCGCCCCGAUCCCUUUAAUGAAGAUCAGCCCGUGGUGGUACUUUGCCGUCAUCUCUGUGUCUGGGGUGUUCGCAGUGACGUUCUCCGUGGUGUUCGCAUACGUGGCGGACAUAACCCAAGAGCAUGAAAGAAGCAUGGCCUAUGGACAGGUCUCCGCCACGUUCGCCGCGAGCUUGGUGAUCAGCCCUGCCAUCGGCGCAUACCUGGGCCGGGUGUAUGGGGACAGCCUGGUGGUGGUCCUGGCGACGGCGAUCGCGCUGCUGGACAUUUGCUUCAUCCUGGUGGCUGUGCCCGAGUCUCUGCCUGAGAAGAUGCGGCCCGCAUCCUGGGGGGCACCCAUCUCCUGGGAGCAGGCCGACCCCUUCGCGUCCCUGAAGAAGGUGGGCCAGGACUCCAUCGUGCUGCUCAUCUGCAUCACCGUGUUCCUCUCCUACCUCCCGGAGGCGGGCCAGUACUCCAGCUUCUUCCUGUACCUCAGGCAGAUAAUGAAGUUUUCACCAGAAAGUGUGGCGGCCUUUAUCGCGGUCCUCGGCAUCCUCUCCAUCAUUGCACAGACCAUAGUCUUGAGUUUACUCAUGAGAUCCAUUGGAAAUAAGAACACCAUUUUGUUGGGCCUGGGAUUUCAGAUCUUACAGCUGGCGUGGUAUGGCUUCGGUUCAGAACCUUGGAUGAUGUGGGCCGCAGGGGCCGUGGCCGCCAUGUCCAGUAUCACCUUUCCUGCCGUCAGCGCGCUCGUGUCCCGAACUGCUGAUGCCGACCAACAAGGUGUCGUUCAAGGGAUGAUAACAGGCAUUCGGGGGCUGUGCAACGGUCUGGGACCAGCUCUCUACGGGUUCAUUUUCUACAUAUUCCACGUGGAACUGAAAGAGCUGCCAAUGACAGGAACGGACUUGGGGACAAACACCAGCCCACAGCACCACUUUGAACAGAACUCCAUCAUCCCCGGCCCGCCCUUCCUCUUUGGAGCCUGUUCGGUGCUGCUGGCUCUGCUGGUGGCCUUGUUUAUCCCGGAACACACCAACCUAAGCCUGCGGUCCAGCAGCUGGAGGAAGCACUGCGGCGGCCACAGCCACCCUCACAGCACACAGGCGCCAGGAGAAGCCAAAGAACCCUUACUCCAGGACACGAACGUGUGAGCGAGCGGCCGCGGCCAGGGAGCCUUCUCCAGCUGCACCAGGCUGACUGCGCCUGAGUGCUGAUGUACAUUCCACGUCACCUCCACACUCUAAGGGUGUCUUAAGGAACGGAUCUGCAUGGACUCCUGGACAGUUUUCCAAAGAUGUUACAAUUUCUUUUGAAAAGAAACCUUUUGUUUAACCGCACCACUUC